AUGGUAGAUUAUGCGGUCGCCAUAUGGGCAACGCAUCGACUAGGUGGUAUCGUGUCAUGCGCAAACCCAGCUAAUAAUAUCCACGACUUGCAGUAUCAACUUAAGGUGGUUCAUGCGUCUGUGAUCAUCGCGCAUUCCUCUUCUUUGGACACUGCGUUGGCUGCUGCUCGGGCUGCCGGUUUGCCAUCCGAUCACGUUAUCACGUUGGAUGAGUCAAAUCAGAUAACGGUAGAUACUCUGAUUCAGCAAGGGCUGCGGAGCGAGCCAAAUUUCAUUGAGCGAAGGCUGCGGAAGGGAGAGGCGAAAACGAAAGUCGCAUUCCUCAGUUUUUCGAGUGGCACAACAGGAAAACCGAAGGCCGUCGCAAUAUCACACUUUGGUCCUAUCAUGAACGUGAUUCAGAUGGCCGAGUCGCAGAAGGUUAACAAGAACUAUGCCCCUUGGGAAGAACAGAGGUUUCGACCAGGGGAUAUAGCCGCCGGAGUGCUACCCUUCUUCCAUAUUUAUGGACUGGUACUAGGACUUCACUUCAUGCCAUUUUGCGGCAUCUCAGUUGUGGUAAUACCCAAGUUCCACUUUACGGACUUCCUAGAGAGUAUUGUGAGACAUCGCAUAACGCAUCUUAAAUUGGUACCGCCUCAGAUCGUGUUGUUUUGCAAGCACCCUGCUGUGAAGAACUACAACCUCGAUGGUGUCAGGUGGCUGAUUUGUGGAGCUGCUCCUCUCUCCGCCUCUCUUGUUGACCAGCUGGUGAAGAUUCUGCCGAAUGCGCAGAUAGGUCAAGGUUAUGGCAUGACGGAGUCGACAGCCACUACCACAAUGUUUUCCGUGGACAGUAAACUUGGCGUUCCCGGCAGUGCCGGACGCCUGGUGCCUGGUGUCGUUGCCAGGGUCGUCAAAGAUGAUGGAACCCUAGCGGGAUUCAACGAACCUGGAGAGCUUCAGGUGAAGACUCCGUCUGCAGCGCUGGGAUAUCUGAACAAUGAUGAAGCGACAAAGGAGACCUUCGUUAAUGGCUGGCUGCACACUGGCGACAAAGUCAUUAUAAGCGAGGACCAUGAAGUUUUCAUCGUGGAUCGGCUGAAGGAAAUCAUGAAAGUCAAAGGGUUCCAAGUCGCUCCUGCAGAGUUGGAGGGCUGUCUUCUUGAUCAUCCUGAUGUUGCGGACACAUGCGUGACGUCAAUUCUCGAUAGCUACAGCGGGGAGCUUCCGGUGGCAUUCGUCGUACUUCGUCCUAACGCAGCCAAGAGAGUCGCCUCGGAUCCUACUGAAGCCGAAAGGGUCAAAACAUCCAUUAAAAAGCACGUGGCAGAUAACAAGGUCGCAUAUAAACACCUUACUGGGGGGGUGGAAUUUAUAGACGUAAUUCCAAAAAACCCGAGUGGGAAGCUGCUGCGUCGCGUGCUGCGCGAUCGGGCGCGUGACUUGGUACGGCCGAGAUCGAAGCUGUGAAUGGAUGGAUUGCUAUGCCACAAUAUGCAUCUAAUGGGCGCAUUUGUGGACCUUUGCGGACUUUGUUGGGGUUAUACUAUGUUGUUCUUCACACUUCACGCGCCUGUUUACCUCGCCAUGAGGAUGCGCGGCAUGUUGAUUUCGAAUUCAAUGCAGAGGCUCGUGACCAGCUGGCUUAUUGUACCGCCACAGCAUCUGGUGAUUUCUGGUAUGCAUGUGAAAUUGUAAAUUGAUAUUCAC